AUGUCGAGCACAAGCUUGGGCAGCGCGGGAAGCGGCGGCGGCGGAAGAGGAGGAGGAGGCAGCGGCAGCGGCAGUCAUGGAGGAGGAGGAGGAGGAGGGGGGAGUCACGGGGGGACGAGUGGAAGGGGGGUGAACUCUGAAUCAUUUGAAAAGGGACGAGUGAUCCUCAAGAAGGGUUCUUUCAUCGUCAUCGAAGAUGAAACCGAGACCAAGAUCUUGGAAGAAACUGAUGACGCUACAGAAAGCAACAAAAAGCCAAUCAGUCGCUCCGAGGCUUUACUUUGCUGUGUUAGAGAAUUCUUCGGAACCCCUGACGCUACUUACGUAUCAGAAGGCACGGGCACAAGGGCUUGGCUUGCCCCCAUCAGUCCAUCCUCGCGCUUCACUCAGGUGUGGAACUUCGUGUCGGGUCUCCUCGUGGUACAUGCCGACCUUAUCAAGGGAUUCGCUGACUUCCCCGAAGCUUUACACUUGCGCGGUCACGCCGCUCCUCAUCGCCUUCUACUCAGAGAAAGAAUCGUUGAUGUUUUCUUUGUGCUGGAAGUUCUGAUUCACGGCCUGACCGGGGCGGACGUGCAUGGCGAGAUAGUACACGAGCUUUCAAUCUCUCUCAGAGUCUGGGCGCGGCAUGAACUCGCUGUGGACUUUCUGGCGUCCGUUCCUAUGGCUUGGAUCGAAUUCUUUGCUGUGCCGAACGUUUCUUGCGAGGAGCUUUCUAGCUCUUCGCAUCGCAAAGUUUAUCGUUAUCUGAGGACGAUGCGAAUGAUCCGGUUGCUUCGUCUCUUCAAAGUCCUCAAGAUCUUCGACGUCCUUCGCGACAUUCUCCGCGUGCGCCCUGCGAUGAUUCGGUUACUCAAGACCGGCUUCAUCGUCUUCUAUGGGGCUCACCUGGGAGGAUGCUUCUUCUGGCUGAUCAAGCUCGACAACGCUUCUCCUGACGCCCUCCAAGAGUUUCGCGAUCAUAACAAUUUUGCAACGCCGAUCUGGUCGCCAUACCUGACUUCUGUCUACUUCAUGAUGGCAACAUUGACGACUGUAGGAUAUGGCGACAUCGGGGCUACCAACGACAAUGAGCGACUCUAUGUCAUCUUCAUGAUGCUCUUGGGAGCUUCCUUCUUUGCCAUCUUGAUCUCCAACAUGUCUGUUCUCGCAGCCAACUUGAUGACGAGGGAGAAGGUUGCGCAAGAGACGAUGGAGACUCUUAUAGACUUCAUGCGAGAGCAUGGCAUCUCCCGCAAGCUGGAGCAUCGCGUCCAGAGCUUUUUCCACUUCAAGACUCGGCAGAUCAAGUUGGCCCUCAACCGCAAGAUGCUCGGCUGCAUCCACAUCUUCGACAAGCUCAGCGACUCCUUCAUGGGCCUCGCCAUGAGCCGCCUGGAGUUGGUGCUGAAGCUGCCAAAAGAAGCGAUCUUCAACGCAGGGGAGGAGGCAAACGAGAUGUUCAUCGUGGUGUCAGGCGAAGUCGCCGAGUUGACGCCCAACUUCAUCUCGACGCGGCAAGUCUUCGACACCUACCUCAAGGCAGUGGAAGGGGCAAUUGUUUGGGGAAGUUUCCUUCGUCUAUUCGUCGACAAGGUGAAAUGGCGCACCAAGUACGACGGUGUGAUCGAGCUGGACGGGCAUCGCUGGGCUCUCGUCAACCUCGAGGCUCCGAUACACAAAUGGACUCGGCUCGUUAAGAUGCUCCUGGUGUCUGUCAAGAAAUCUCAAGUGGCUGUCCUGACCGAGCGACUGCAAGGCUUCGUCCUCGCGCGGUCGAUGUCGCAUCCCACACAGGAACCAGUGGGAACGGACGCGAGCAUUGGAUUCUUCAUUGGCAGCAGCGGCGACUCAAGCUCAGGAGCGGAGGAUCAGCAGCAGACUAAUGGUCGCAAGGACAGCUUAGCGUCUGAAAUCGAGGAGGAAGACUUCCACAACCUGCUGGCUCCUUGCACGCACCUGGGAGGAGUGGGAGGGAGGGGGAUGAGCUGGACGGAGGUGCAGCGAUGGAUGGGAGAAGCGGCGGCAGAGGAAGUGCUGGAGAGAACGACAGACCUCGAGGACACCAUCUGCGAGCUUGGAGAGGAGAAGCUCGAGCUCGUCCGCUUACACGCCAGGAUGGAGCUGCAAGUCCAGCUGCUACAGCGAUCAGCGAAGAAACUAAAGGCUGUUUUCAACGCGCGGCCGGAGAAGAUGGAAGAGGAGAGUGAGAAUACGGCUCCCUCCUCCUCUGACAAGACUCUUCAAGCCUACUUGACGUCAGAUGACAGGAAGAACGGAGAUCUCAUCUCCUACAUCUAA